AUGGCGGAGAUUCCGACCGGUGACUAUAGCCACAUCCACCGGUCGAUCGAUCAGCUUCGCUCGAUGAACGAGCGGGGCGUGUUGGGUCAGCUAAAUGCGCUUCAGCACGCCGCCGCGGCCGUGGGCAAUGGAACCGACCUUCGAUCGGCACUGGUGCACGAUUACAAGCCGUACAUUAGCGAUCUACGCGCCAACACCGUCAACGAUCGGUUGAUCGACUAUGCCGUCGUCCAAAAGCACCACCACCAUCACCAUCAGCAGCAACAGCAGCAGCAGCAACAGCAGCAACAACAGCAGCAACAACACCAGCAACACCCGCAACAGCAUCCGCUUCAGCAGCAGCAGCAGCAACAACAGCAGCAGCAGCAUCAUCAGCAGCAACCACCUCCACCGCACUUGCUGGACGAUCGGACAGGCAACCACAAUAACAACAACAAUGAGACGGACCUGCGCCUGGUGGAGGAUCACAAGCCCCCGCAUUACAGCGCUCCAUCCACACCGCCAACGCCCCUAGCGAUCGUCGAGACGCAGAUGGCCGAACCUGGCACUGGCAAGAGAUACGGAACCAAAGGCCGCAAAAAGAUCUUCUCGGCAAAGGCCGACCUGCAGCUGCACGGUGGGCAGUUGCAGAUGCGCGAAACCAAACCGUACAAAUGCACCCAAUGCACGAAGUCGUUCGCCAACUCGAGCUACCUGUCGCAGCACACGCGGAUACACCUCGGCAUCAAGCCGUACCGGUGCGAGAUCUGCCAGCGCAAGUUCACGCAGCUUUCGCACCUGCAGCAGCACAUCCGGACGCACACCGGCGACAAACCGUACAAGUGCCGGCAUCCCGGCUGCCCGAAGGCGUUCUCACAGCUCUCGAACCUGCAGUCCCACUCGCGGUGCCAUCAGACGGACAAACCGUUCAAGUGCAACUCGUGCUACAAGUGCUUCACGGAUGAGGCCUCCCUGCUCGAGCACAUCCCGAAGCACAAGGACUCGAAGCACCUGAAGACGCACAUCUGCCAGCUGUGCGGCAAAUCGUACACGCAGGAGACCUACCUGGCCAAGCACAUGCAGAAGCACGCCGAGAAGGAGGAAAAGCGCCGCAACCGGGCGGCCGGUGGUGGUGGUGGCGGUGGUAGUGGUGCCGGUGGGGGUGGUAGCGGUGGUGGAAGUGGAGGUGCCAGUGGUCAAGCGGCCAACGCUUCCUCUGGUGGAGCUAGCGGUAACAAUGCCUCGGGUGGUGCCGGAAGUAGUAAUUCCGGUGGUGCCGGCGGUGUUGCAGGAGGUGCCGGAAGUCCGAAUGGAGGCGCAGCAGGAGCGAAUGCGGCAGCAGUAGCGGCAGCGGCCGCAGCAGGGAUUGCAGCAGCGGAUGCGGCCGCAGUUGGGCUAGCGGGUUUGGCAGGACUCGGGCUCAACCGAAUGGGCGGGAUGGCGGCCGGACUUGAGCAUCCGUACUGGCCAAAGGUUAGCCCGGAUUCGGCAGCAGCUAGCCUGGCGGAAGCGAUGCAACAACAGCAACAGCAGCAGCAGCAACAGCAGCAACAACAGCAGCAGUACGAUUUCAGCAGCAGCGGUACGUCGAAUGGCGGCGGUGGUAAUGGAGCGAACGGUAAGUGCGGCCAGUGGAGAUGCGGAGGUGCGCCCGACCCGCAGCAUCAUCGUAACUUGAACGGGAGCAGCAGUUCGGCCAACUCGGCGGACGACGUCGGCGAGGAUCUGGUCGUGAUUCGGCACAACUCCCAGCAGCAACAACAGCAGCAACAACAACAGCAACAACAGCAACACGUUAACAGCAACUCCUCGAACGCGAACUCGUCCGCCUUCACGCCUAUUAACGUGAUGCCACCGCAUCUGAACAGCCUUGCGGCGGCACAUCAACACCACCAGCAGCAGCUGGCCGCAGCCGCCGCUCAACAGCGAGCGGCAGCAGCCGCAGCAGCGGCCGCCACGAAUUCCUCGUACCUGUACGAUGCGAUCAACUUCCAGAAUCAGAAAGCGAUCAAUCAGAAUGCGGCCGCGGUAGCGGCGGCCGCUGCGAACGGCUUCCCGAAUCAGCUCAUCUCCCUGCACCAGAUCCGAAACUACGCGCACCAGCCGGGUGGCGGGGGUGGCGGAGGCGGCGGUGGUGGUCUGCUGGCUGGCGAGCACCUGCUGAUGGGGGGCGGCGUGGGCAAGGUGGAGAAAUAG